AUGAAAUCGCUUGUGAUAGCAAAUUUAGUAUUUUUACAGAUCAUUAUCUUCAAUGGAUAUGGAGACGCUCAAGAAAUUUAUAAAUUUGGUCUUAUAACGCCACCCCAAUUUCCUGAAUUAGAAAGGGCCAUAAAUAUGACGAUGGCAAUGAUUAAUAAUAAGGAAAUUGCUAGUCUGCAAUUAGGCAAUGUCAAAUUAUCUGGAAUCUUUCGAUCAGCCGAUAUAUUUAGCCCGUACGAUAACUUGAGAAAAGCUUGUGAAAUUAUGAGCCAAGGCAUCGUCACUCUUAUUGGACCACUUUCAUCAAGCGCAACAAAAGGUGUACAAAAUAUCUGCUCUCCACUUCAAAUGCCACAAAUUGCACCCGUAGCAACCGAUCCAUCUUUAUCUAGCAAUUUCAAUUAUAACUAUUUAUUAAGAAUUAUAGCACCAGACAAUUUCCAGAGCACUGCUAUUGCGUCAAUUGUAGAACGAUAUAAAUGGACCAAAAUGUCCAUUUUAGCCUCCAGUACAGAUUUUGGAAUUAACGCUUUAACUGAAUUUCGCCAAAUUGCAUCAAGAAAACUAUGGAGGAUUCUGUCAUUUGAAUUAUAUGCAAUUCAAAAUAACUCCUAUGUGGCAGAUAUUGAAGGUUACUUACAGAGGAUAAAAUCUGCAGGAUCUAAAGUCGUUAUUUUAGGCUGUGAAGGAGAGCAUGCUACACAAAUAUUUGAAGCAGCAAAUCGGCUAGGUCUACUAUCACGGGGCUGGGCUUGGAUUGUUGUUGACACUGUUCCAUCACUGUAUCCUACCCUGCCUUCCUAUACUAACGGCAUCAUUAGCUUGCGUUAUUACCAAACGGAAACAAGUAUACUUCGUUCUAUAAGAGCACGCUAUAAGCAACUUUAUAAUAAAGAACUGCAGGUAUUACACUAUCGAUAUAUUGAUGCACUAUUAGCCUUUGGUUAUGGCAUCAAAAAUAUGAAACAGAAAGGAAUUACAAUUAUUCCGACAUCACUCAAUUGUAGCAGCAAUCCUACUCAGCCUUGGACUAAUGGAGCAAAAAUGCUGCAACUAAUUAAAGAAAGUUCUGGCGAAUCAACUUCAAGUCCGAUUAAUUUCACCGCAUUGGGUGGACCAACCUAUAAGAUUUGGGAUGUUGUUAAUUUACAUGGUACUACUUGGUCUACUGUUGGAAAUUUUACAGUACCGAACCAGUUAAAUCUUGAUGGUAAUUCUAUCUAUUUUAUGGAUGGAGCUAGGAUUAUUGCAGAUUCUGGUUCAUUUUUGAAGGGAAAGACUAUUGUUGUCACAACAAUCAUUGAACCUCCAUUUACUAUGAUUGAAGACAACCCUGCUACUGGUAGAAACUAUAAAGGCUAUAUCAUCGACAUGAUGGAUAAAUUAGCGAGUAGUCUAAAUUUCAACUAUACAGUCCGUUUAGUUGCAGACGGUCAAUAUGGUGCUCAAACGAUGGUCGAUGGUGCUCCUCAAUGGAGUGGUAUGGUGGGAGAAGUAGAAAGAAGAGUGGCUGAUAUAGCUGCAGCUCCUCUCUCUAUCAGUCCCGUUCGCCAACAAGUGGUCGAUUUUUCUAUGCCUUAUAUCGAUCAAGGUUUGACGGUAUUAACACUGAAAACCUCUGGGCAGACACCAUCAUUAUUCCAGGCCUUCUUGCCUUUAACUGGCGAAGUCUGGCUAUGUAUCCUACUUUCAAUUACAUUAGUAGCUAUUGCUGUUACAUUUAUAAAUCGUUUCAGUCCAUUUGAUCAUUAUGGUAAAGCCUGUAAGCAAAUUCAACCCUUGUAUAAUUCCAACCAAACUGGUGUUUCUGAUAAAGAUUACGAGACUUGGAUGAUAGAAAAUGAAGAAGAUAUUGAAGCUUUCUCAUUGUAUAAUAGUUUAUGGUAUACUUUAGAAUCAUUUUUACUACAAGGUGCUGAUAGAACACCAAGAUCAUUCUCUGCACGCUUAAUUACUGCAGUUUGGUGGUUAGCAUCAGUGAUAAUUACUUCUACUUAUACCGCUAAUUUGGCUGCCUUUCUAACAGUAAAUCGUCUUCAACCGACAAUAACUUCAUUAGCAGAAUUAUCCAAAACUUCGGCCAUUAAUUAUGGCGUUUUAGGCAAUAGCAGUGCAGAAACUUUCUUUCAACAAUCGACCAUAUCGCCAUACAUCGACAUGAAACAUAAAUUAAAAAAUGUCCAAAGCACAACUGAUGGAAUCAAUCGAGUAGUCAAUAGCUUUCAAGGAGAAAAAUAUGCUUUCAUUGGCGAUGCAUCAUUACUUAAUUAUGCCAAAAGCCAAAAUUGCAAUUUAACUACUAUUGGUAGUUUCAAGAAAGAUAGUUAUGCUCUUAUCUUAUCGAAAGAAUCACUGUUCUUAAAAGAAAUUAACAUUGAAAUUUUUAAAUUACGUGAAGAGGGCUUUUUUGAGGCGACUAGAGUCAAAUGGUUUGAAGCAACAUGUACGACCACGACUAAAACGACAACAUAUGAUCCCGUUAAACUUGAGAGUUUAAUUGGUGUUUUUUAUAUUAUCAUGGCUUCUAUUGGAAUGAGUAUAGUCAUAUUAGCAAUCGAAUGGACUAUAGCAGGCAUUCAAGACUCUCAUCGCCGUAAUGUCAAGGUUAAAAAUUUCUCUGAUGCUAUUCGCCAACGCUUUCGCUUUGUUAUUAAUAACAUUGCCAAGGAUUUAAGCUCGAGAAGAAAUGUUGAAGCUGACACAAAGCAGUCUAAAAAAGGCUCUAAUAAAAUUGGAGUCAUGGUGUAG